AUGGAGGCCGCCCUUGCAGCACUCAAAACCAACGAGUGGCAGAAGACCUCCGCCCCAUGCUACUAUCUAGAUCGGGGUAGAGGCAAGUGGCGGCUUUGGCUCAACUUUACAACCCGGAAAGGAGCCACUCGACAGAAGAAGCAUGGGCCCUUGUGCGACACAGAGGAGGACGCCCGUGCGGCCAGCCUUGCCUUCAGGCUUAGCUGGGAGGCCAGCCAACGUGGGAAGCCCUGCCACCCCAGCAAGGAGGAUAUAGACUCAGCAUCUGUCGCGGUGGACACUACGCUUCCAGCAGGGAAAUCGCCCAACAGCAUUGGGAUCCUCAAUUCCUCACAGCAGCCCAGGUUCAAGCGACAGCGGCUGUCCGGCUCCCACGCGACCCGCGCGCAAUUCGCGACGCAGCAGCACAUGUUCACCAGCCGCCAAGAGCGCUCGAUGAAGCGGGGUUGGAGCAGGAGAGAGACGAAGCUACGCAAGGACUUCGACAAGCGUGGUGGCUACCUCCGCGGCCGGAUUAAAGACUUGACGGAGAAAACCAGAACCAACACACAACACGUGCAGCGUCUCGAGACUGCCCUCGGGGAGAACAAACUCGCCAGCCUUCUCAUCCCCGUUCCCCCCUCUCCCGUGGAAGACGGUGAGGACGCGGGGGCCGGCUUGAAGGGAAAUGUAUCCGAGAAGCAGAUUAACCGUUUGUGGCAGCAAGGGUACUGCACGUUGAAGGUGCUGGUCGCGGAGCUGGCCCGCGACACCAAGCAACUGGUCCUCACGGUAGAGGCGAACGAAGUUCUUGCGGGCAGUAAGGGUGUAACGGAUGCCGCCGUGAGGGAAGGCGAAGCCAAACGGUUUGAGCUGCUGAACGAGGCAUCGCUUGUUCGAUACGAUGCUUCGCUCCUACGGAUCGCGGCCAACGUCGUACAAACUGGCUCGCACCCUUAUGCGGUAUCUACGAUCCUGAGGUGGCUCAGAGACUUUCGGAAGCAAGGUGGUUUCAGGCGGGAUUCAAGGGGUGUGCACGAGCCGGACUGGAUCAUGUCCGAGGAGGAUCUGAAGGGUCAGCUUCUGACGUGGAUGAGAACCCAGCAGCGUCUCACCGUCAAGGACGUCUGGAAGUUCAUCAACGGAUCUCUGUUCGAAGACGACGCCAAGGAUCUUGCCAGGCUCCUUUCGUACCAGUUGGGACAAGCAGUCCGUCUCGUCCGCUACCGCUACCGGCUGGGCUAG